AUGAAGACAUUGUAUUUGUUACUUGCACUUGGUCUGCUGUGUGCAGUGGUUUAUUCAAUACCAGUCGAAGAUGAUGAACCUUUGGAAAACAAAGAAGAGAAUGAUGAAAAUGCCCUAGAAGAAGACGAAGAAGACGACGAAAAUGACGAAGCUCAAGCAGAUGCUGCCUACCAUGGAUACGGCUAUAAACGCAGAAGAUAUUAUGGCCGCAGAUAUUAUGGCCACAGAUAUUACCCGCACAGAUAUCACGGCCGCAAAUACUACAAGGGAAGAUAUGGCUACCGUUAUGGUGGUCAUGGUGGUCAUGGUGGUCAUGGUGGUCAUGGUGGUCAUCACGGCCGUAGACCAUAUGCUGGAUAA